AUGGAAAAUGUGGACGACGACAUCUUGGCACUGUGCGUUCCCGCCGCCGCCGACGACGGCGACCUGGACGCAUGGGUUGCCGCGCUCCAUAGCACGUCGAUCGACACUCCUACGUUGCCCGACCAGGACGCGCGGCCUGCCAAGCUCCGCCGCACCUCGAAGCGCGACGAACUCCUGCACCUCCGAGCCAAGCACAACGACUUGACCGCGCAGCUAGAAGCACUUGUGGCCGACAGCGCUGCAGUCACUGUGCCAAAGUCGGUCUGGGCCAACCGGGCCAAAGACCAAGCAAUCGCUGCCCAGCAAGCGCUCCACGAGAACGCCCGCCUCCAAGCGCUCCUCCAUGACCAGCUCAAGACCAUUGCAACCGUCCAGCGGGCCUUUGCACGCACGCCCAAUCUCUGCGGCUUUGCGUGCGUCGCGCCGUGGAAGAUGGCGACGCUCGGAACCACCGGUCGGCGCGAGGCCAAGGCCAAGCUUUUGCAGCACGAGUACGACAAGCUUGAGACGGAGUGGAUCCGCCACGGCCUCCACGACUUUGAAGCGAGCCACGCCGAUGCUGAUGCACGCGAGCACUACGUCCGGUGCGAAGACGACGGUCUCUGGGUGCACUUUAAGGAAUGCCAGGUUUGGCACGUCGACGCAACCGUGCUGGCCAACGCGGUCUGGAGCAUGUUUAGUCAGCAGCUGCCGUCCCAGCCAGACAACUUUAGCGCCGCCGACGUCGAGGUCGAUGACAACGUUGCGUAUUUCGAGUAUACAGCCCACGUCACGUCAAGUGCACUUCCGCCGAUCGACGGCCGCGUCCUCGUCGGGCGGUUUAUCGAGGCCGACCGCGUCGUGUUUGUGACGCGCUCGGUUCUGGACGACGCCUUGUUCCCGUCCGACCCGGCGCGGCUUCUUCAAAAUCAGUGCAGCUGGAUCGUUGUGCAAGCCACGGGCAACCAGACGACGCGCCUCACGUCGUACGCGCGCUUCUCGCCACCGGUGGUGCCAACCGAGAGCACGGUGACGGAGUUUACGCCGGGCUUGUACACGGACUGUCUCCUCGAGCUCACGAGCCAGAGAGAACUGUCGCUUCGGCACACGAUUCAAGUAGCUCUUUUAGCAUCGACAACCGCGCCAUCAUUGUAA